GACAUUUUGACUGUGAUCACAUGUUGACAGCAGUUAAAACAGCGUGCACUUUAAGCUUUCGCUCUUUGAGUCUCCAAAUUUAGGGGCGGGCAGUGUGUUGACAACAUGAGGUUCUUGGAGGGUUGGAGCAGUUCAUAUAACCAAGUGAAUCAACUGACUUUCGUCGGUAAACACUGACGGAAAAAAACACUUCAGUCAAUAACGGGAGAGGAUGCAACGGAGUAAUAAUAUGUCUAAUGAGAAAUCGAAGUUAACUUAUGUGAUAACUGGAGGGUGCGGUUUUCUUGGGCAGCACCUGUUGAGAGUUUUGUUGGAGAAAGAAGAUAAUAUCAAGGAGAUCAAGCUUUUCGAUAAAAACGUUUUCCCAAGUCUACAAAGUCACAGUACAGAGCAUGUGAAGGUGGUGGUGGUGCAGGGGGAUAUAACAGAUUACGGGAACGUACGUGAUGCUUUUCAGGGAGCAGACCUGGUUAUCCACGCGGCUAGUUUGGUCGAUGUGUGGUAUAAAGUCCCCGAGAAGGCCAUCUAUGCCGUCAAUGUACAAGGGACGGAGAAUGUAAUAAAUGCCUGUGUAGAAAUCGGUAUUCAGUAUUUGAUCUAUACAAGCUCCAUGGAGGUGGUUGGUCCAAAUGUAAAAGGAGAUACAUUCAUCAGAGGGAAUGAAGAUACUCCAUAUAAUAUAUUCCAUGAGAUGCCCUACCCGAAGACCAAAGCUGCUGCUGAGAAAAUGGUGCUGGGGGCCAAUGGCACAAAGGUAAAGGGAGGGAACAUUCUCUACACAUGCUGUCUGCGGCCAACAGGGAUCUAUGGGGAACAACAUCAGCUCAUGAAGGACUUCUACCUGAACGGGGUCCGUACAGGUGGUUGGGUGAUCAGGGGAGUUCCACGGGACACGGAGCACGGACGGGUCUAUGCAGGUAAUGUUGCCUGGAUGCACCUGUUAGCAGCACGUGCUCUGCGGGAACAUCCUGAUCGGCUGGGUGGGGAAUUUUAUUUCUGCUACGAUGAUUCACCAUACAAGAGCUACGAAGAAUUCAACAUGCAGUUCCUGUCAGCCUUCAACUUUCGCCCAUUGCACGUGCCAGUGUGGGUUCUGUGGUUCAUAGCGGUGAUGAACGACCUUCUGCGCUGGCUCCUCAAGCCGUUCUACAACUAUACACCAUUGCUCAAUGGAUACACCCUCGCUGUGGCCUGCACAUCCUUCACUGUCAGCACAGACAAAGCUUUUCGUCACUUUCAAUACCGACCUCUCUACAGCUGGGAGCAGUGUCUGGCUCGCACGCAGAGUUGGGUCAACACGUUCCCUUUAGAAACCAGCACUAAGCACACCUAACAGCUGCUUCAAUGUCACGAGGACAGUUUUAAUUAACACAUCUGUGGCCAAUAAUGAAAGAUGAGAGUUUUUUUUGUGACUCUAUGUCUCAAACAUUCUCUGACUGCAGUUGACUGAAAAUGAUUGAAUGUUUAUUGUAGUAUUUAGCGUGUGCUUUACAUUAAAGGGAUAGUUCACCCAAAAAUAAAAAUAAAAGUGUUCAGCAGAAGAAAGAAACUCAUACAGGCUUUUAACAACCUGAGGGUGAGUAAAUGAUGACUGAAUUUCAUUUUUGGGUGAACUAAGCACACUUAAACAGAGCACCUCUUAAUCUUAGAAUCACAGUUGCGAUAAUCUAUCAGACAUUUAGAUGAAUGAAAAUUCAUGUUGUUAUUGAUGUAAUAGUAACAACUGGGAGCAUAAACUUUACAAGCACUUUUAUGAAAAAUGCACAACUGAGGCAUUUUGAUGGAAAUAUGGCAAUACAUAUAUGUUGUCUUCUGUUGAUCUGAUAUCUGAAGUACAAGUCUUUGAGCUAAAUAUACUUAAUGUACCAAAUAUAAAGUAUUAUAUAAUCCACCACAUAGUUUUAUAUUUAUACAUUUCAUUGUUCAAAUGAUUUCAUUGAAAAAUAUUUUGUGACAUCACUGUAUGUUUACCUUUUACAGAUAACUAUGAGUGAACACAAGCUUUUAAUUAUAUGUCAUUUCGUUGACGUACAUAUUUAAUUGUUUAUAUGAAACAACUAAUUUCUCUGUUCAAAGAAAUAAUGCAAAGCAAAUUAAACUAUUCUACACAAGCACAA